AUGGUCAAGGCAGUUGUUGCUGGUGCGGCAGGAGGCAUUGGACAGCCUCUGUCCCUCCUUCUCAAGUCCUGCCAGCUUGUUGACGAGCUUGCUCUCUACGAUGUUGUCAACUCCCCCGGCGUUGCUACCGAUCUGUCACACAUCUCCACCCCAGCAAAAGUAACGGGAUACCUUCCCAAGGACGAUGGUCUGCAGCAUGCCUUGACUGGCGCUGAUAUCGUAGUCAUUCCCGCCGGUAUUCCUCGCAAGCCCGGCAUGACCCGUGACGAUCUCUUCAAGAUUAACGCUGGUAUCGUCCAGGGUCUGAUUGAGGGUGUCGCCAAGUUCUGUCCCAAGGCCUUCGUCCUCGUCAUCUCCAACCCUGUCAAUUCGACCGUCCCCAUCGCCGCCGAGGUGCUCAAGAAGGCUGGCGUCUUUGACCCCAAGAAGCUCUUCGGUGUCACCACCCUCGAUGUCGUUCGUGCCGAGACAUUCGUUGCCGAGAUCACUGGCGAGAAGAACCCCGGAAAGUUGAACAUUCCCGUCAUUGGCGGUCACUCCGGCGAGACCAUCGUCCCUCUCUUCAGUCAGGCACAACCCAGUGUCAACAUUCCCUCCGACAAGCUAGACGCGCUCGUGAACCGCGUGCAAUUCGGUGGUGACGAGGUCGUCAAGGCCAAGGAGGGUGCUGGAUCAGCCACUCUUUCCAUGGCCCACGCUGGAUACCGUUUUGCCGAGAAGGUCAUCAGGGCGUCCAAGGGUGAGAAGGGCAUCGUUGAACCCAGCUUCGUUUACCUUCCUGGCGUCGAGGGUGGCGAUGUCAUCUCCAAGGCCACUGGCACUGAAUUCUUCUCUGUGCCUAUCGAGCUCGGCGUCAGCGGUGCUGAAAAGGCCAUUGAUCUUGUCAGCAAGGUCAACGACCAUGAAAAGAAGCUUCUCCAGGCUUGCUACGACGGUCUGAAGGGCAACAUCGCCAAGGGUGUCGACUUCGUUGCGAACCCCCCUGCCAAAUAA